AUGCUUCCAUACGAGGCUCCGCUCGCUGACUUCGACCCUCGCCGUGGUGCUUGCUGUACUGUGGAGAACUUCACGAUUGAAAUCCUGGGCACGCUGAGGUCCAAAUGGAAUAUUUCUGCCACAAAAGUAUUCGCGCAUGAUUUUGUCGCACACUAUCCCAGUUUCAAUAUCAAUUCCGUCCAGGCUGCAUUUUCCACACAUUUAAGAUCAUUGAAGCAUUCCUUUAAGCAGGCAGGGCUCGAUAAUGUCACAUCAAGUGCACGUCAAAAAGAGCACUGGAGAAAGGAACGCAAAUGUUUGUUGUAUCACAGGCGUUUGGACAUCGCCCAUGCAGUUUCUGACCUACAACCACAUAUCACGAUGCUCAUGAGAAUUGGCCCUGACGGGAUGAGCAGUGACAAGACCGCCAAUGAGAAUAAUGUCCCUCAAUACCGCAUACUUGGAAGGCACUGGCGCAGUCUGGAGGUGACUGCUUGGCUACGUAUAUUCGAUGCGAUGUAUUGUCACAACCGUUGGGGCCCUGUAGGGACUGGUUCACAGGGAAACAAUGCUCGAAUGCGAUUUGAGACCAUGUCCAUGGGUCAGCCACAGAGGGCUGUCCGUAGACUUCCUCGUAAUGCUUACCGUACUGAAUGGUAUGAUAGUCUCAAUCAUUACGACUGGGAGGAACUUGACAGGUGCGAGGCUGAGGUGUACGCCUUCACGCAUGUUCCUGGCAUUCAGCUGUAA